AUGGCAUGCAGCGGAGCCCCACUGGCCGCAGCCAAACGACGUCGACCAGUGCUCGGGGCUCCACUGGUAUCGUCCCCGUAUGGUCAUGGCCGAUCGGAACUCUUCUACACGCCCGCUGCCUCUCGUCUGGGACCUCGCCAACCCGUUCAUCAUGUGUCCUAUGAUCCUCAAUCGCCUGUCCGAUGGUCCCGCUAUGGUCCUCUCUCCUUCCCAGGAAAACGCCUUCGGCCAGCUCCCUCCCAGUCCCUGCUGGAUACUCCUACCAGCUUCCACACCUACACGGGUACCUUCAACUCUGCUUUCGCCGGCAACGGCUAUGCCCAGCCAGCCGUGAACGCCAGUGUAUCCGCUGCUCCCGUGCCUCCCAAGCCCUCUCGCAAGAGGUCGCGUGACGAGGCUGCCUUUGACGAUGCCCUCGCCGUCAAUACGCCUCCGGUGCCCCAACCUGCUCCCGCUCCCAAGGUAGAGCCUAUCUAUGGCGAAGGCAUGGUUCUGUUGAACCCGCAGACGGGUCUGGCUGUCUCUGCUGAGAGCCAGACGGGUACCUGGUAUGAAGAAAAGGCCGAGUCGCAGCAAGCCGCGGCCGCCCCAAUCUCGUCGCGAUCCGUUGCGCUCCAGUCAGAUGGUGCCGAAAUCAGUCGCAAGGCCCAGCGGCUCGAUACCUCCGCCCCGGGCUUAGAUGAUAUUGCUCUCGCCUCUAUGCACCAGCGCCUGAACGGCUCCGAAAUGGCUGACCAGCACCGCACCGCCCCGUCUACUCCUCCAGCCGAGCCACUCAUCGACGAUGCCACUCGCCUUCUUGGCAUCAGUUGGCAGCGCAUUGAUACCGACGACGACAUGGCCCCAGCUGUCCGUGGUUGGACCAAAUAUAUCGACAAUCAAUACGCCGCCUAUCUGCACCACUCACAGAUGCUCAUGAAAAGCCGCGCGCUGAAUGCCUAUCUUGUUGCCGCCACGCCGAACACUGCAUUCUCUCCGGCUUUCUACCUCUUCAACGAAGACCUCACUCAAGGUCAACUCGUGGCCACCUCUUGGGAAGCAUGCCUGCUUAAUCUCCGCUCUACUCCUCCCGUCUUCCAAGGAGCCGCUCCUAUCGCUGCUGCCGGCCGUCCCCAAUCCGCUGCCAACCCCUUCACUACCGUCGCCGAACCUGGCGUGCCUCUUCUGCAGCAGGCUCUCUCUGGUCACCCGUACUCAUCCACCUGCGGUAUGGACGCGGGAACGGGACUGAACGGAGGCGUCGAAAUGGGAAUGGAAAUUGACUCCUAA